UAUUUCCAUCCUCGUCCUUCACCUUCAAGGAAGUCUCAAGGUCGUUUAAGCAGUCGACUGAAGUUGAAGUUUAGUUCAGUGUUUCGAAAUGUUGUCAACUGCCCGAACGAGAUGUUUGGGUAUUUUAAGCCAGACAUGUAACCGCCAUCUUGUUCCUGUGGUGUUUGCUUCCUCCACCGCUGAUGUGAAGCCAUUUUAUUAUCAAGAUAUCUUACAACAGACCAAAACACCAGAUGUACCCUGGAAAAAACUCUCAGGAGAUUUUGUGUCAACGUUUGAUGUAAAUGGUAAGAAAGUUUUAAAAGUUGCUCCGGAUGCGUUAACAUUACUGGCAGAGCAUGCUAUGGUUGAUAUCGCUCAUUUACUACGCCCAGCUCACCUGCAGCAACUGGCAAAAAUUCUAGAUGAUCCAUCUGCUUCUAGUAAUGACAAAUUUGUGGCAUUAGAAUUAUUGAAGAAUGCAAACGUAGCUGCUGGUAUGGUUCUACCUGGUUGCCAGGAUACAGGAACAGCUAUUUGUAUGGGUAAAAAAGGUCAAUAUGUAUGGACAGAAGGUCAGGAUGAAGAAGCGAUAUCAAGGGGUAUAUACAAUACCUACACUAGAAAAAACUUAAGAUAUUCACAGGUAGCCCCGUUGGAUAUGUAUCAGGAAGUCAAUACCAAGACUAAUUUACCUGCUCAGAUAGAAAUAUACGCCACUAAUUCCAGUCAAUAUGACUUCCUCUUCAUAGCUAAAGGUGGAGGUUCCGCCAAUAAAACAUUUCUUUUUCAAAAAACUAAAGCUGUUUUAAAUCCUGAAAAACUUCUCGCUUUUGUUAACGAAAAAAUCAAGACGUUGGGUACAGCGGCAUGUCCCCCAUACCAUUUAGCUUUCGUUGUUGGUGGAACAUCAGCAGAGUUUAAUCUAAAAACUGUUAAAUUAGCUUCCACUAAAUAUUUAGAUAAUCUACCUACUUCAGGUAAUGAACAUGGUCAAGCUUUCCGUGAUCCAGAUCUGGAAGCUGAGAUCCAUAAAUUAACACAAACAAUGGGAAUUGGUGCUCAGUUUGGUGGUAAAUAUUUCUGUCAUGAUGUACGUGUUGUUAGAUUACCGAGACAUGGAGCUUCCUGUCCUGUUGGUAUCGGUGUCUCUUGUUCGGCUGAUAGACAGGCAUAUGGUAAGAUAACAGAAGAAGGUGUAUUUUUAGAACAGUUAGAGACGAAUCCUGGUCAGUAUUUACCUGAAGUUGAAGAUAAAGAUCUUGGUGGCAAUGUCAUCCAGGUAAAUUUAAAUGAACCAAUGGACCAAGUAUUAAAACAGUUAAACCAGUAUCCUAUUAAAACAAGAUUGAGUUUAACAGGGACAUUAGUCGUAGCUAGAGAUAUAGCUCAUGCUAAAUUGAAGGAGAGACUGGACAAUGGUGAACCAAUGCCACAAUAUAUGAAAGAUCAUCCAGUGUAUUAUGCUGGACCAGCUAAAACACCAGAGGGGUAUGCUAGUGGAUCAUUUGGACCAACUACAGCAGGUAGAAUGGAUUCGUAUGUAGGAGAAUUCCAGGCAGCCGGUGGCAGUAAGAUUAUGUUAGCUAAAGGAAAUCGUAGUAAACAGGUUACCAAGGCUUGUAAAGAACAUGGAGGAUUUUAUUUAGGUUCUAUUGGAGGUCCAGCGGCCAUAUUAGCUCAGAAUUGUAUUAAAAAUGUAGAAGUUUUAGAAUAUCCAGAAUUAGGUAUGGAAGCCAUUUGGAAAGUUGAUGUAGAAAAUUUCCCAGCUUUCAUUGUGGUUGAUGAUAAGGGAAACGACUUCUUUAAAGAGUGGCAGGUGGAAUAAAAUAUCUAUCCUUCGGUAUAUUUCUAUUCGAUUUAAAAAAAACAUUAUGGAAAAAGUUGUGGUGUAUUUAAAUGUAGUCAAGCAUAGACAAUAUCAGUUGAAAUUUUCACUCGAGAAGAACAGUAAAAUUAUGCAGUUAAUGUGAACAGGUUGCUUCUGGAGUUCCCGUAAUUAUCAAUCUGAUUACAAUACAGAUCUAUAUUUUGUUUCGUUUUGUUUUUUUAUACUUUCGAUGGCCUACACUACAUGAAGAUCUGAUUAGUUGUUUUGGGAGGUCGCGUCAGAGGUCAUACGAGCUGCCUUUGACGUCAAAAAAUUUGAUUAACCAAUGAGUAUUAAUGUUUCUAGUGGAUUACCCACAGUUCUGUGCACCACACGCCGAAAGCUCUCCGUAACAGACUGUUUCAUUGCCUAAUCCCUCACAUCAUUCAGAACACGUCAAUAACAACAACUCUGCCAGAUUCUAGUAUAGUAAAGACAAGUAUUUGAUAUAACUAUCAGCUUGAUGGGCCUAAUAUAUUUUGAAAUUCUAAAAAAAAAAUCUGAAGUGACUUCUCUGUAUGGGAUUAAAAAUAAGAUUGUGUUUAAAGAUGGAUUUCCGAUUUUAUGGUUUGUAGAUUUGAAAUUAGUGAAAUCUAAUUAAGACAGAAAUGUUGAAGUAUCUGUUUAUUGUAGUAAUCUGAAUACUACAUUAGGGUUUCAGUGUAAUGCUGAUAUAUAUACUACCCCUGUUGGAGCGAGACCCUAUCAAGAUAAAAAUGUAUUACUAUUAGGGUCCAAAUAUAUACUACCCUUGAUGGAGUGAGACCCUAUUGAGAUAAAAAUGUAUUAGGGUCCACAUACUGCUUGUGUUGGAGCGAGACCCUAUUAAGAUAAAAAUGUAUUAGGGUCCACAUACUACUCGUGUUGGAGUGAGACCCUAUUAAGAUAAAAAUGUAUUAGGGUCCACAUACUACUCGUGUUGGAGUGAGACCCUAUUAAGAUAAAAAUGUAUUAGGGUCCACAUACAACUCGUGUUGGAGUGAGACCCUAUUAAGAUAAAAAUGUAUUAGGGUCCACAUACUACUUGUGUUGGAGCGAGACCCUAUUAAGAUAAAAAUGUAUUAGGGUCCACAUACUACUCUGUUGGAGUGAGACCCUAUUAAGAUAAAAAUGAUUAGAGUAUGUAACUAUUGUAUAUAUAAAGGCAAAUUUUGUUUAGGAUGCAGCCAGCAAUUAAUUUAUUUUAUUUUAAAGUUUAUUACUUAAUGCCAGGGGGGGCCACUAUCUUAUCUGGGCAGAUAACUCUAUAUCAGUGAUUCUCAACCAGUGUGCCGCGAAAUUUUGAACAGCACACUAAGAAUAUUUCUCAUUAAAGAAGCCAGCUAUUUGACUGAUGAAAUUCGAAACACUGCAAUAAAGCAAAUUCAUAGCUGUGUUUUUCUUUAUUUAGUUUGAGUCAUUCUAUGUUUCUAUGACUAGUCUGUGUCUACAGUCCUAUGCCGUCUAUGACUUGCCAUGUUUUUAUUUUGCAAAAUUCAAAUAUUUUUCAUAUAUAUUUAGCCAGGUGUGCUGCCAUUUUUUUUUUCAUGUGUUCCAAGGUGUGCCGUUCGCAAAGAAAGGUUGAGAACCACUGCUCUAUAUGAUAAUUAAGAGUGGGUACAGUAUAAUAUAUGUCUAACUUGAUACUAGUAUACAUGUAUGUCUUUGUAAUAGAGGAUGAUAAAAUGAAUGUGGUGUUAAACCCAAUCUGAUUAAAACACAGAUCCAAUUUCAUUUCGUUUUUAUAGUUCAAAAUUUCGAUUUUACUUGUCUUUACUAAACUUGGAUCGGCAAGCGUUGUUAUUUAACUUGUGUUCUGCUUGAAAUGAGGGGUCAGCCAAUCCAAUGGUCUGUCGAAUCGAUCGUUUGACCUUUUUUGCGCGGAACUGUGGGUAGACAUUAGCGGCAAUAGAAAUCAAAACAAAGCAAAAGUAGAUAAAAAAUACAUGGCGGUCGCUAAUUGGUUAAUCGAAUGACUGACGUAAUUGGGUCAAAUGUCGCUUGCUUGGUACCUGACGUCAUAGAACGUGAACUCCCAUUAUAACUUGUUAGAUCUACAUGUAGUGUAAACCAUCGAGAGUAUAAAAAACGAAACGAAAUAUAGAUCUGUAUUUUAAUUAGAUUGCUGUUAAACCUUAAAAUAUUUAUAAUCAUGAAUUAUAUAACAUUGUACAUAAUUUUGUAUAUGAUGCGUUGAAAUAUACAAUAAAUUAUAUAUCAUUGUAUAAUAUGUGUUAAACAUUACAAUAAAAAUAAUAUUGCGGAUAUCAUGUAAAAACAUCUUCGAUCUGAUUAUCUCUACUAGCAUUUGAAUUUUAGUCCUAGCCUCGAUUAUCAUCAAAUGAGAUUCAAAUCCAGUGAAAAUCGAUUUAAAACAAACAUUAUGGAAAAAGUUGUGGUGUAUUUAAGUGUAGUCAAGCAUAGGCAAUAUCAGUUGAAAUUUUCACUCGAGAAGAAGAGUAAAAUAAUGCAGUUAAUGUGAACAGGUUGCUUCUGGAGUUCCCGUAAUUAUCAAUCUGAUUACAAUACAGAUCUAUAUUUUGUUUCGUUGUUUUUUUAUACUUUCGAUGGCUUACACUACAUGAAGAUCUGAUUAGUUGUUUUGGGAGGUCGCGUCAGAGGUCAUACGAGCGGCCUUUGACGUCAAAAAAUUUGAUUAACCAAUGAGUAUUAAUGUUUCUAGUGGAUUACCCACAGUUCUGUGCACCACACGCCGAAAGCUCUCCGUAACAGACUGUUUCAUUGCCUAAUCCCUCACAUCAUUCAGAACACGUCAAUAACAACAACUCUGCCAGAUUCUAGUAUAGUAAAGACAAGUAUUUGAUAUAACUAUCAGCUUGAUGGGCCUAAUAUAUUUUGAAAUUCUAAAAACAAAAUCUGAAGUGACUUCUCUGUAUGGAAUUAAAAAUAAGAUUGUGUUUAAAGAUGGAUUUCCGAUUUUAUGGUUUGUAGAUUUGAAAUUAGUGAAAUCUAAUUAAGACAGAAAUGUUGAAGUAUCUGUUUAUUGUAGUAAUCUGAAUACUACAUUAGGGUUUCAGUGUAAUGCUGAUAUAUAUACUACCCCUGUUGGAGCGAGACCCUUUCAAGAUAAAAAUGUAUUACUAUUAGGGUCCAAAUAUAUACUACCCUUGAUGGAGUGAGACCCUAUUGAGAUAAAAAUGUAUUAGGGUCCACACAUACUGCUUGUGUUGGAGCGAGACCCUAUUAAGAUAAAAAUGUAUUAGGGUCCACAUACUACUCGUGUUGGAGUGAGACCCUAUUAAGAUAAAAAUGUAUUAGGGUCCACAUACUACUCGUGUUGGAGUGAGACCCUAUUAAGAUAAAAAUGUAUUAGGGUCCACAUACUACUUGUGUUGGAGCGAGACCCUAUUAAAAUAAAAAUGUAUUUGGGUCCACAUACUACUCUGUUGGAGUGAGACCCUAUUAAGAUAAAAAUGAUUCGAGUAUGUAACUAUUGUAUAUAUAAAGGCAAAUUUUGUUUAGGAUGCAGCCAGCAAUUAAUUUAUUUUAUUUUAAAGUUUAUUACUUAAUGCCAGGGGGGGCCACUAUCUUAUCUGGGCAGAUAACUCUAUAUCAGUGAUUCUCAACCAGUGUGCCGCGAAAUUUUGAACAGCACACUAAGAAUAUUUCUCAUUAAAGAAGCCAGCUAUUUGACUGAUGAAAUUCGAAACACUGUAAUAAAGCAAAUUCAUAGCUGUGUUUUUCUUUAUUUAGUUUGAGUCAUUCUAUGUUUCUAUGACUAGUCUGUGUCUACAGUCCUAUGCCGUCUAUGACUUGCCAUGUUUUUAUUUUGCAAAAUUCAAAUAUUUUUCAUAUAUAUUUAGCCAGGUGUGCUGCCAUUUUUUUUUUCAUGUGUUCCAAGGUGUGCCGUUCGCAAAGAAAGGUUGAGAACCACUGCUCUAUAUGAUAAUUAAGAGUGGGUACAGUAUAAUAUAUGUCUAACUUGAUACUAGUAUACAUGUAUGUCUUUGUAAUAGAGGAUGAUAAAAUGAAUGUGAUGUUAAACCCAAUCUGAUUAAAACACAGAUCCAAUUUCGUUUCGUUUUUAUAGUUCAAAAUUUCGAUUUUACUUGUCUUUACUACACUUGGAUCGGCAAGCAUUGUUAUUUAACUCGUGUUCUGCUUGAAAUGAGGGGUCAGCCAAUCAAAUGGUCUGUCGAAUCGAUCGUUUGACCUUUUUUGCGCGGAACUGUGGGUAGACAUUAGCGGCAAUAGAAAUCAAAACAAAGCAAAAGUAGAUAAAAAAUACAUGGCGGUUGGUAAUUGGUUAAUCGAAUGACUGACGUAAUUGGGUCAAAUGUCGCUUGCUUGGUACCUAACGUCAUAGAAAGUGAACUCCCAUUAUAACUUGUUAGAUCUACAUGUAGUGUAAACCAUCGAGAGUAUAAAAAACGAAACGAAAUAUAGAUCUGUAUUUUAAUUAGAUUGCUGUUAAACCUUAAAAUAUUUAUAAUCAUGAAUUAUAUAACAUUGUACAUAAUUUUGUAUAUGAUGCGUUGAAAUAUACAAUAAAUUAUAUAUCAUUGUAUAA